UUUAGUUUUGUGUGUUCUUUUUUGCAAAUGGCAGAACAGCCGCAAUAUUCCGAAUUUCCGCACUGCGUGACCGAGUCCACGCGGGAGCUGGUGCGCAUGGCCAAGGAGGCGAAACUGGCCGCCGAUCUGGAGGCCAGCAGCAAGAAGGCAGCGCUCAAGAAGGCGGCGGGGCAGAAGGCACACCGCAUGCCGGCCAUGAUGGAAAUGUAUAAGAAGAUGUGGAAGACGCAUCGGGAGCGGGUGAAGAGGGCCGUCAGCAAGCUGGACUCGGAGCCGCCCAGUUUUCAGGCAGCUCGUGUCACCGGCAUCAAUGGGCUGCGGGACGAGGCGUAUGUGUUCAUGAAUCGCACAAAGCAGAACAUUCAGCUGCUGGUUGAGAUUUCGCGCAUAAUGCGCACCCACGGGACGGUGAAUCCCUUUCGGUACGAGCAGACGUACGCCAUGUCGGGCAUUCCGAUGGCCGUUGCCAAUUUGGAGCGGCUGGAGCGCGAGAACAAGGAUCUGGGCAAGCGCCUUCUGGACGUACAAAGCGUUGUGGACACGGGCCUCGACAGGAAGACGCGGCACGGCCAAAAGCCAAAGAAAAUCGUGGAAAUUCCCCUGGAGCUGCCCCUCGAGGCGCUGGCCAAGUACAAGGACUUCAACAUUCAGCUGCCGGAAGCCGAUGCGGAACGCAAGCGUCUCCUCCGGCCGCGCAUCUACUUCGACAUGUACCUAAAGGAUGCCCGCCCUCUGGGCCGGAUUGUGGUGCAACUAUACACGGAGGCGGCCCCCCUGGUGGUCCUGCAGAUGGUGCGCUCCUGCCUGUGCAAUCAGGCGAGCAAAUUUCUCGUGAAGCGCCUCUUUCCCACUCUCUGGCUGGAGGCGGACCUGCAGCUGGCGCCGGACUCGCUGCUCCACCAGCCGCUCGAGUACGAUGCCAAGGUGAUCGAUCAUGGCCAAUACAAUAACGUGCUGUCCUUCAGCAAAUCGCACUGCUCGGGCUUUCCCGAGCGCCUCUCCUUUGCCAUAUCCUUCAAGCCACUGACAGUCGUAAAUGGCACACGUGUCGGCUUCGGGCGCAUUGUCAAGGGCAGCAAAAUCUGCGAAUGCAUCCAGAGCUAUGGCACCAAGAAUGGCAAGCUCAGCCGUGGACUGCUCUUCACCAGCUGCGGCCUGCUCUAGGCAGCUUUAAGGAUACCCCCAAAAUCUCUCUGUGCUUAUCGCUCGUCACGAAAUUGUUUGUUCGAUAAAUCCUUGAUGUCUCUA